CGUGAGCCACCGCGCCCUGUCCGGGGAACGUUCCAUGCGCCGCGGCGGCCAAUAGGAGCGGAGGACGCGGUGGAACAUUGGCAAGGGUAAUCAGAAUGCAGGCUCCAGUAGCUCUCCUGGCCUCGCCAGCUCUGUUUCGCUGCUGUUCACGGGCUCUGAGCAGACCAGUUUCCCUGUCUAUACUGAGCAGGCCAGAGACUCAGACUGUACAGCCCUUUGGUGCUUCCAAUCUUCAGCUGGCGCAUCGGGAUUUCCAGACCAGCGCCAUCUCCCGUGAUAUUGAUACCGCGGCUAAAUUCAUUGGUGCUGGCGCGGCCACGGUGGGGGUGGCUGGCUCAGGAGCUGGUAUUGGCACAGUGUUUGGCAGUUUAAUCAUCGGUUAUGCCAGGAACCCAUCCCUCAAGCAGCAGCUGUUCUCUUACGCUAUCCUGGGAUUUGCCCUUUCAGAGGCCAUGGGGUUGUUCUGUCUGAUGGUGGCAUUUCUCAUCCUGUUUGCCAUGUAACCACGUUGGAGCUACACUGCUGUCCCCGUGUGGUCUGUGUGUCGUCUCGGGUCUGAGCCUGUCUCCCUUGCUAGAGCGUUACACGUUUAAAGAAGAUUUCUCUAAAUAAACAAGAUUCGGCUUUUCUUUU